AUGGAGACCUGGAAGCGUUACUAUAAUAUCGUCUACAAAAUAUCAUCGCUCACCGGUACAUGGCCGUAUUUGAAACUGAAAGCAAGGAUAUUUCGCGUUGCUGUAAUGACUAUAACUAUACUGACGGUACUCGUUCCGCAGAUCAAAAGCCUCACUCAACAUUUAUUCACCGACUGGGAGGGAUUGAAAACUCCCGAAGAAUACGAGAUUAUGAAAUUAUACGCACAGAACAGUAGACGAUUUUGUGUGGUGUAUACGGGUGAGAAGUUUGUGGAACUUAUCGAAAAUAUCUUCACUAUACCUUUCGCCGCACAAAUGAUCGUGGUAACCAUAGGAUUAAGUAUUACUUUGCUGCAAUUGACACAGCAGAACGGCGAUACUUUAACAUCAAUAAGAUACGUGUUGUACGUUGUCGGUCAACUGUUCCAUUUAUUUUGUCUCUGUUUUGAAGGACAGAAGCUAAUAGAUCAUAGUAUACAGACGUGCGAUAAAAUAUACAGCAGUACCUGGUACGAAGUAUCCAUGAGAUCGCAAAAGCUAAUCGUGAUGGUGAUGAUGAAAAGUAUACGACCGAGUUUCUUAAGCGCCGGCAAGAUGUACAUUUUCUCCUUGAAGAGCUUUACCACGGUUCUACAAACUUCGAUGUCAUACCUUACGGUGCUUAUAAUCGAAAAAGAGCGUCCGACCGGCCUAUUGCUGCCGAAUGUACAACCCACCGAUCGCGGGGAGUGGGGCAAGCAUCCCGCUGACCGCCGCGAGCCACUAAGCUCGAACGGCACGAUGCGCCUGAUAGGCCAUCCCCACUCCCAGCGGCCCGCGCGCCGUGCGAUCGUGGCCGGUGGGUUAUUCGCUCAAUUUCUUGAGAGUACCUUUACGAUAUCGUUCGCUGUGCAACUUCUUAUCAUUACAAUUGGCUUGAGUAUUACUUUAGUACAAGUGACUGCACGAUUUAGCGGAAGCGAUGAGGUACUUUCUUUUAUUUUUGGUCAAUUGUUUCACUUGUUCUGCUUCAGCUUCCAAGGACAAAAAGUGAUAGAUCAUAGUCUCGAAACUUGCGACAAGAUAUAUCAUGGCUCGUUUACUAUACCCGUGAAGGAACAAAGACUGCUCAUGUUCGUGAUGAGAAAAAGUAUCGAGGCUAAUGUCUCGUCCGCCGGCAAGAUGUACGUGCUUUCUCUAGAAAAUUUCACGACGGUUGUGCAAAGCUCGAUAUCGUACUUUACGUUACUGUCGUCCUUUGACGUGUCAUGA